AAAAAAACGGUGAUUUUAGCGCCUUCUUUUGGUUAUGAGCUACUCUUCUUUUUCGAACAUUUCAGAAAAUAAACGUUUUAAAUAUAACACAACAGCAGCCAUUGAUAUCGAACAAAAUAGUCAAACGCUGCCUACAACGGUCAAGCAGCAAAAUGACAAUGGCAUGUACAACAGAACCUUUUCCGGUAGCUUGACAAGCGAUCAAUAUCAACUGUCUUUUCUGAAUAGAACUACCUUGCCCUCAGCAUCGUCUUACUUGUCGUCCAGCGUGAAAGUUUCCUCUCCUUUACGUUAUUCAUGGCUGAAUAAUGCUGAUUUAUGGAAUGAUAGAAGUUUUAGCAAUAGCUCUAGUAAGAAAAAUUCAUGCUCCACUGAUAUUAGACAACAAUAUCGCUGGCCACCGACAAUUGCUGAUGGGUCCUCGACAAUGACUCGUCUUCACAACCUAAGGAGAAAAAAGUCUUCAACAAAGCCUUACAAUCUUUGGACAAUACGACAGCAGAGAAGAACGUUUCCGCCUUCUACUGAUAGUCUACGACGAGUUGAACAAAAAGGUAAAAUAAAGGAACUGUCGUCUAUUGCAAGAAAAGGAUUCAACAUAAAACUUGAUAAGAAGCAGCACCAAAGGCAUAGUUUACAAGAUUUUUUAGCUGCAUUUUAUAACGAUAAAAACGAGGAAGAGACCUCUUCUUUAUCGCCAUCCUCCAACUCGACAUCAUCCGGUCAAAAACCACGCAAAGCUACCAAGAGAAAGGGCAAACAACCUAUACAUAAACAGAAUCAUGUUUUUCUAAGGAACACAACAGAAAUAACACCGCGCCUAUCGAUUCAUAGUAAAAGGGAAAACGAAGACACGUCUUCAAGCUCUAAAAACGAUACUAUUUCAGGUGUAAGUUUGGCGUCUACAACUCCUUCUACACCAUUAAAAUUUCCAACCCCUCCCAAACGGUCGCCUAUUGCAUUUUUUGUCAACCAUCACUUUUAUCAUUCGCAUGAAAAUACGCUGAUGAAUGAUAAAGUGCGACUACCGCGAAGAAAGUCCUCUGUAGUAGCCGACAUAAUUCAUCACGUACAGCAACGAUUAAGUAGCCUUUCCAACAGACACCAUGAAUCUCUAACACCUAAUGCAUCUACUCAAACCAGAUCCAUCUUGUCGUUGCCACUCAGACCAACAUCGUUCAUUAAUACAGCAAUUGUGGCAGAGGAAAGGCAGCGUUCGCGAAUAUUGUACAGAAAGGAAGUCAAAAUACACUGUAUAUUAUUUGUUUUCGGAUUUCUAUUUUUUCCAUUGUGGUGGGUAGGUUUUGGUUACUAUCUAUAUUCCAGUAGGAGUUCUGCUCAUGUUAUGAAUAAUAAUGAGGGAGAAGAAGCAGUGGCUACAAUACAAGAUGUUCACUUUGAUGAGAAUAUGACAUCUAUACGUGCCUUUGCUUAUUUGAAUGGGAUAUUAAGUUGUAUCAGCCUCAUUUUCCUGGCUUUCAUUUUAUCAAUGAUCAUCUGGAUGGUGAAAACGUCUUAACCAAUUAUAGAUUUUAGAAUAAACUCGCUUGUACAGUUAGGAAAGAUAUAGCUUCAUACGACAUUAAAGGAUUUAAGUCCUUAGUACUUUAUCAAUGUAACAAAAUUAGGUAUAAUAAAUAAGAGGUAGGGUGUUAAUUAGGAUACUUUUUUUUACUGCUCUAUGAGAGAUUGAGCACAAGAAUGGAGAUUUCGA